AUGGCAGGUGUGGUGUACCCCAGACAGGCCCCUGUGGAUUUAGACACAUACAAAAGCUCCUACAUGGUUGACUAUCAACACUACGGGAAGCACAAAUACUCCAGAGUCACACCACAAGAGCAAGCGAAGCUGGAUGCCCAACUCCGGGACAAAGAAUUUUAUAGGGUCGUCCCCAGCUCCAAGCCCAGGCUAGAGGAUGGAUACCCCGCCUUCAGAAAACCCCACAUGACCGCCAAAGACCUGGGACAGCCCGGCUUCUUCCCCGCGCAGGAUCAGGACCGUGUGGCCGCAGCGGAGGACGAGGGCAGGUUCACCAGUAUAUGCCCUUCCGUGUACCCCGUUUCCCACGGCCUGUACCUGGCCCAGGGUGUCCCCAACCGGGUCCGCCAGAGCGCCGGCUUUCCGUGCCUCCUGGAGCCCGAGCUCCAGCCUGCGCCCGAGGAGGGCAAGGGCUACUUUCUGCUGCCUGGCUGCCUCUGUCCGUAUCACCAUGAAGUCAAGUUCCCCAUCUUGAACCGAUGGGGGCCCUUGAUGCCAUUUUACCAGUAGGAAGGGUGAGAGCGCCUUCAGGGGAGCCACGGACAUCCCCCCUCCCCCAAGGAAGUCCGCGCUCGGCACUUGGAGAAGGGACAGGAGGACUGAAAAUAAAACCCUGGGAAGACGUUCCAGCAGCACUGAGGGUGUUCUACCUUGUUCCCUGGCCUGUCCCGGGACAGCAUCUGCACCCGCGCACCACCUGCCGAGGGGAGAGGCAGGGACGGCAGAGGGGAAGAGGGGAGGGGAGGGGAGGGGGGGAGAAGAGAGGGAGGACAACUGGUGUGUGUGGAGGCUGGAAUGUGUGUGACGUCUCAUGACAACGAAGAGUCCUGCUGGAAAGAUUCUUGUUUUAGGCAUUUAGUUACAAAACGGGACAAAUCUCAUUUCCCAUAGUUGUCUGAACGUUGAGGGUGACUGUAAAAUGCUGUUGGGUACCCUUCCCUCAGACACUUAGUUUGCUCACCACGCCCACCCCGUAGCCCAUUUCCAGGGCAUCAUUUUAGACUUUCCUUCUUGCUCAGUGGAGCUUCUGUAACCAUAUCCACGUAUGAGUGGGUUAGGAAGCAGGUAGAGCUGCCGAACUAGGAACUGAGGUGCAGUGGCUUGAACAUCCUAGUUUCUCCCAGUCUAACAGUUUGGAGGUAGGCGGCCGAGGACGGUGGGGUGUCUCUCCUGUGGUUCCCAUCUCUGCGUCCAAGGUGGCUGCCAUAGACUAAACUGUGUCGCCCCCACCCCCCAGAUUCAUAGCUAACCCCCAGUGUGACUGUAUUUGGAGACAGGGACUUCAGGGGGUAAUUAAGGCCCAAUGAGGUCAUAAGGGUGGGAGCCUGUUCUGAUAGGAUUGGUGGUCUUCUAAAUAGAGGAAGAGAAAGAGAGCUCUUUCUCUCCCUCUCUCUCAGCAUGUACACACACACACACACACAUACACACACACACACAGGAACAACCAUGUGAGGCCACAGCGGGGAAGGCAGCCAUCUGCAAGCUGGGAAGAGAAGUCUCACCAGAGACCAAACUCUGCCAGACCUUGAUCGUGGACUUCCAGCCUCCACAACUGUGAGAAAAUAAAUUUCUGUUGUUGAAGCCUGCCGGCCUGUGGUAUUUUGUUAUGCUAGUCCAAGCUAAGAGAGUGACUCAUUCAGUUAUUGACAUUUUCCCAGGAGCAGAAAGCAAGAAACGCCCAGAGGAAUACAGGUGUCUUCCCUUUCAGGGGCACAGACAGAUAUGAUAUUCUUCUUCGCUACCAGUCCUGUCCUCUUGGCCAGAGCUCAGCACAUGGUCCCACCAAACUACAAGGAAGGCUGGGAAAUUCACCUUGGUCCUGGGU